AUGUGCCGAUUCCAGAACGGCCAGCGCCUCUAUGUCUGCGCCCCUGUGUACGCCUCAAACGCGCAGCACCCGCACCUCUGCCUCGACGGACGCUCUGCGCGCACCCAGCCAGAGCCUCAGGAUGAGAACAACAGGCAACCAGGCAUCCUCAAAGCGCUGCGCCAAGCCCUCAAAGCCCUCUACCGCCGCCUGCGCCGCCGCGGCAACCGCACCGCCAACGCCGACCUCGAGGCCCAGCUUCAGCACCCGGCCGCCUUCUUCUCCUCGGCCGAGAUGGCAGAGCCAGCUCUCUUCCCCGCGCACGGCGUGCCGAUCCCGCUGCCGGAUUUCGGGCCGCGCGGCAUCAUGGAGGCGUGGUGGUUGCUGAGGCUUCACGAUGACGAUAAAGAGGAAUCUGAGGUUGAGGCGGCCAGCCCGACGUCGUCGCUAGGUGUAUGGGGCGGCCCUGCUUAUGGCGACGGGAAGUAUAGAGGCGUGUUGCGGUGCAUGAAUCCUGACCAGUGA